AUGGCCCUCAUCACAGCCACAUACGUGGUCGUCUUACUCACUGCAAUAAUCUAUACCGGUCUGAUACUGCCUCGGUAUCGACAGUGGAAGAAGCUCUCUCACAUUCCCGGCCCAGCCAUUGCCGGUUGGAGCAAAAUUUGGCUCUUGCGCCACGUCCUUCCCGGAACACUCUGCAAGAGAUUGGAAGACGUCACCAAGACAUAUGGCCCUAUUGCCCGCGUCGGCCCCGACUGGGUUGUGUGCAGCGACGCUACAGAAAUCCGGCGCAUCUGGGCCAUCCGGUCCGGCUACCAUCGCGCCGACUGGUACAAGGCCACCCGGCUCGACCCCGACAACGACAACGUCCUGACCCUCACCGACAACAAGGCUCACCAUGACAUCCGCUCGCGCCUCUUGCCCGGCUACUCGGGCAAGGGCAUGCCCAACCAAGAGGAAACAGCCGACACGCAGAUCCUCAAGCUCAUACAGCUGCUCCAACGCAAAUACCUGUCCACCCGCGACACCCUCCGGCCGUGCAACCUCGCCCGCACAAUGCAAUACCUCACCCAAGACGUCAUUACAGCCGUCGGCUUCGGCCAGGCAGCCGGAUACCUCGACGCGGACGAAGACAUGUUUGGCGUGAUCCGCGCGUGCGAGACCGUCCUGCUCCCCGUGCACAUCAUCUCCUUUCUCCCCGUCCUCCGCGCCAUCCUGAGCUCCCCCAUCAUGAAACCCCUUCUCCCCAAGCCCACUGAUACGCACGGCGUCGGCCGCUUCCUCGGCGUCAUCAAGGCCCACUGCGACAGGCGCUUCGGCGCCUCGGCCAUUCGCCGCAACGACAUGCUCCAGACCUUUGUCGACUCCGACAUGACACGGAAGCAAGUCGAGUCGGAGGCCCUCGUCACUCUCUUCGGCGGCACAGACACCACGGCCACCGCCCUGCGCAACAUCAUCUUCUUCCUGACGACAAAUGCAAGCGCCUACCGUGCUCUACAGGCAGAGAUUGACACGGCCGUGAAAUCAGCCGCGCGGCCCAUCAUCGCCGACGACCAUGCCAAGUCCCUUCCCUUUCUCCAGGCGUGUAUUCGCGAAGGUCUCCGCAUGUGGCCACCGAGCAUGGGCAUCAUGGGCAAAGUGUCUGAUCGUGAUGACGAAAUAUGCGGCAAGUAUAUCCCCGCCGGGACUCAGGUCGGCUGGGCCGCCCUGGCAAUUAUGUACGACAAGAACAUUUUUGGCGGUGAUGCCGAUGUAUAUGAGCCUCGGCGGUGGCUAGAUGCCAAGCCGGACAAGCUUAAGGACAUGGAGGCCAUAUAUGGGCUUGUAUUUGCUACGGGUACACGGUGGGAGUGUCUUGGUAAGAGGCUGGCGUAUGUGGAGAUGGGCAAGGUGAUUUUCGAGCUCUUUUACCGUUUUGACAUGUCCAUGGUUUCGCCUAUGGAGCCUUUUAAGUGGGUGAAUCAUGGACUCACGGCUCAGCACGAUAUGAAUAUUCGCUUUAUGAGUAGAUGGGAACACGGCGGCAGAGAUAGAUAA